CGAGAGUACGCAGCUGCGGUUCCGGUCGGAGUUGUUUGACGUUGCCAGCUGACAUGGCUGCGCCCGUAGUAAGGAGUGUUCGGAAGCUGCUGAAGCUCGUGGACUUCACGUCGGUCCCGCGGAGACACCGAUAUAAGAAGAAAUGGGCUACCACAGAGCCAGAAUUCCCUGCCACUCGGCUUGCUCUGCAGAAUUUCGACAUGACCUACAGUGUACAAUUUGGGGAUCUUUGGCCCUCGAUUCGUGUUAGUCUUCUCUCAGAGCAGAAGUAUGGCGCAUUGGUCAAUAAUUUUGCUGUUUGUGAUAACGUGAGUGCUAAGCUGGAGCAGCUGAGUGCCAAGGACUUUGUGAAUGAAGCCAUCUCUCGCCAGGAACCAGAGCCUGAGAGUGGCCUCGCUCCCACUCCAUCCCCAGACUGCAGUCCAAACCUUCGAUGCUUUACUUUCUCCAGAGGGGAUGUCAGCCGUUUCCCUCCUGCCAGACUUGGCAGCAUGGGUCUCCUGGAUUACUACCUGAUGGAUGCUGCCUCCUUGCUACCAGUCCUGGCUCUUGGUCUGCAGCCUGGAGACACCGUGCUUGACCUGUGUGCAGCUCCUGGGGGGAAAACACUGGCCUUACUUCAGACGGGCUGUUGCCGUAAGUCAGUGGGAUGGCUUCUCAGGCCGGCAGGAAUCCCCCACUUCGCCCAGUCAGGGCACACUGAAAAUGAUAAGCUUUCUUUCUGGUCCCAGGGUCAGAGGGGUAAUAAUAUUUGCUAAGGUUGUCAGUCAGUU